GAUGUAACUUGUAAGGUGAUAGUCUGGAUUCUGAUAGAUGAGUUUACAUUAGUUGGCGAAUUCAUACAAACCAUAUCGUGUCUCUGAUAGUCUAUGUCAAGUCUGCAAAGAAGCAGACACUAUACACUUUCUGACGCAAUCUCUUUGAGAUAUUCGAUGAUUUUUCAUGUAACCAUGUUGUAUCAACUACCGCCGGUAUGCGGGAUAAUCACCACCAUCAUGUUUUGGUUACAUCUCGGAGCGAGCAUUGCGGCCGAAUUGCAGAUGGGGUUUGUCCGGUAGUGUAAGUAUGGCUCCUUGGUUGUGCCUAGAGGCAGGUACGAGAAGGAUUCUGCCACGACUAUGGAUUGUUAAUUCGUG